AUGUUUGAAAAAAGUGAAUCUUUCCCUGAUGGAUGGUUUUUCAUCAAAAAUCAACUAAAUGGAUAUGUUUUGUCUCUUGAAGAUGGAUCUCAUUCUACUGGUUCUCCUAUUGUUUUGUCUACUAUUCGUACAAAGGAAUCCGAUGCUCAACUUUGGCGAAUUGAUGAUCAAAGUCGACUUGUGAAUAAAAAAUCCGGUCAAGUUAUGGAUAUUGCUCAUGGCAAGGUCAAAGCUGGUAGUGAUAUUGUUCAACAAAUUGCCUCUACUGAAAAAGGUCAUCAUCAAUCUUUUGGUCUCUCAAAUCACGGUCAUAUUUAUGUCAAAUCUCAUGAUUCUUUGGUUUUGGGUAUCAAGGAAUCAUUCUUCUCUCGACGUGAAGGUCUUCAUGUUCAUUUGCAAUUAGCUGACAAGAAGCAUUUGGACAAAAAAGAACAACGUUGGGAUUUUGUUUUGCCUGUGGUGAAGCAAUCUACUUCUAUUCAUAGCUCCGUCGCAAGUUUGAAGAAAAGUAACAGUAUCAGUUCCGUUGGCAGUCUCAAGAAAAGUGCUAGUAUUAGUACUGUUGGAAGUCUUGAUGAUGCUGCUUCUGUAGCUUCAAGUGUUGAUGAUCAAGAUGAAGGUCACAAAUCUGUGGUAACUGGUACUUUCCCUACUGGUGAAUUCUUUUUAAAAUCAGUGACAACUGGUUAUUAUAUUGGUAUCGAAGCAAGCGCCGUAUCAUCCAAAUCUGGUACACGUUUGACUAUUGAUUCAUUCAGAAAAACUGCUUAUGAUACUCAACUUUGGACAUUCAAUGAAUCAACUCAUCAUAUUAUCAACAAGCACUCAGGUUUGGUACUCACUGUGGAAGAAUUGAAAGAUGACGCUCAUGUAUGUCAAGCUGCUGUCUCUAACAAAGCAUAUCAAGAAUGGGAAUGGACAAAAUCUGGUCAAUUAUGUUUGAAAAACGAUUCUUCUUGGGUCUUGGGUUUCAAGGAUAGCUGGUUUAGUCUCAAUCGUGAAGGUGCUCAUAUUUAUAUUCAAAAAACAAACAACAAACAACAUCAACAUCAAAAUUUCCAAGUGGUAUUACCUAUUUUCAAAAAGAGAGCUGCUACUAGCAACGUUGCUGAUACUUCCAAGUGUCAAUUCCCUGAUGGAUGGUUCUUUGUCAAAAGUCAAUCUCAAGGUUUGGUCUUAUCUGUUUUGGAAUCUGGAACUUUGGCUGCCGAAGUUAGUGCUUUACGUCUGGAUACUGCCAAUUAUGCUCGUCAAUUAUGGAAACAUAAGAAUGGUUACUUGAUCAACAAAGCAUCCGAUUUGGUUUUGGAUGUCAAAGGAGGUUCUAUCGUCAAAGGUGCUGCUCUUUGUCAGUACAAGGAAAAGAAAAAGGAUAAUGAAAAUCAACAAUGGGCUUUGAACAAGGAUGGUAGCAUUUAUAUCAAGGCUAAAUCCAACUUUGUUUUGACAGUUCAAGAAAAUGAAAAGGUACGAUCUCGUGUAUUCUUAUCCGAACAACUCCCUAAUGGUGUCAAGGAACAGCGAUGGAAUUUUGUUUUGCCUGUUUUCAAAAAGAAACAAUCUUCUCGUGCUGUUACUACCACUACUGCCACUACCGUCAAGAAAACUGUCGUUCAUCGUUAUGCUCAAUAUCCUCGUGGUUGGUUCUUUAUUCGUUCAUUCUUACCCGGAUCAUCUUUGGAUGCUCCUCAAGUAUUGACUGCCAAUGAAGAUAAACAAGGUAUUCAUUUAGCUACUUUGGACCGUGAAAACUGGCAUCAUCAACUUUGGACUUACGUUGGUGGAACGAUUGUGAACUAUGAAACUCAAUUAGCUGUUAAUGUGAAUGGUUUAGCUGCAGGCGAAACUGUGAAACAAGAUCACCAACAAAAUUUAUACAAGAAUCAACUUUGGACUUUGACUGUGGAUGGUCAUUUUAUUCAAGCCAGUGAACCUACUCUUGCUUUGGUACCCAAGGAUAAUACUUUGGUUCUAUCACAUGUGGAUCAACUUCAACAACAAGCUUAUCGAUGGGGUUUCUUAAUUCCUGAAUUCACCGUACAACAUGAUAUUCAAAUUUUAUUGUCAUGGAAAAUGGCUAUUCUUAAGGAAUGGCGCAAUAUCAGUGGUGGAUCAUCUUCAUCCUCCAAUGUUCAAAAACUUUCUGCUGCUAUUGCUACCUGGCCUCAACAAACAUUCUUCAUUACUGGUCCUAAUGGUGAUGCUUUGAUACCUGAAAAAUCUGAGGCUUUCUCUAGUCUUACUACACGAUCUUUGACUAUUGAAGAGCAUUCUGCUUUCCGUUGGUGCUUCAAGAAUGGUUAUCUGGUUCAUGUGGCUACUGGCCUUGUCUUACACUGUGAAGAUUUGACGGAUGGCAAUCGUUUGGAAAUUCGUUCUGAAGCAAUUGGAAAAGAUGGCCGUGCUGAUGAACGUCAACAAUGGACAAUCAAAACUGAUGGAACUAUUGUUUCAGGAAUCAAUGGAUCUCUCGGUUUAGGUGGCCAUUCUGUUAUUGAAUUGGUCGAUGUAAAGAAAUCUCGUCAACACAUUUCUUGGUCUGUCCUCUAUGGUCAUUAUGAAAAAGAAACUCUUAUUCGAUUCCGUCGCUAUAUCUUGACUAUUGCCUCUCAAAGAAGCUUAUCUCAACAUCAAUUGGUGACCAAGGCUUAUGGUAUUUUCCCCAAGCAAUGGAUCUUUAUUCGCUCUAAGCAAGAUGCCAAUUUGGUUCUCACGGCAUCUACAUCCAAGAAGGGAGCCAAACUUGUUCUCGCUAAAUUGGAUUUCAAGAACUACAAACAUCAACUUUGGCAUACUCGAGAUGAUCAAUGUUUGGUGAACUUCGCUACUGAUUAUGUGAUCGAUGUUGCUGGUGGUCAAUUGACUCAAGGAUCCAACAUUAUUCAAUGGAAUGAAAAAUUCUUGCGUCGCCAUCGUAAGAAUCAAAUGUGGGGAUUAUCUGUAGAUGGUCAUAUUCAUCCUGAAUCUCGUCCUGGUUUGGUACUUGCUCCCAAAAAGAAUGCCAAGGUACAUGAUGGUGUAGAAUUAACUUUGGUGGCUCGUGGCGCUUUGGAUCAUUUGGAACAACAAUGGACAUUCGCUACUCCUGUCUUCCGUAACCGUAGUGGUGCUGUCAUCUCCAUCGGUCUUACUGCCAACAAGUCUACAACUGAUAUCGUUGUGGAUGGUUCCUCUGAAGCUACUCAAACUCGUUCUGAUCGUCAAACUUAUCAACGUACUGUCAAGAAGACUGUGAUCCGUAGAUGGGGUGUCUUCCCUCAAGAAGCCUUCUUUGUCCGCAUGGCCUUUGGUUCUGAACGUUACGCUUUGACUGUAGAGUCCUCUCCUAUUGCUGAAAAUGUCAAGGAACAUUUAGUCACUUUACGCCCUAUGAACUUCAAGGCUCACAAGUGGCAACUCUGGACUUACCGUGAUGGUCAUCUUAUCAAUGCUCAAACUGGUUUAGCUUUAGAUGUACAACAAAAUGGCAAGAAUAUUUUGAUUGAACAAGGCCUUCAAGCCCCUGCUUGUGUUCGUGAAAUCUCUAUGGAUGAUAGUCAAUUCUUUGCUUUGGGCGUUCACGGUGAAAUCCAUUGGCAAUCCAAUGCUCGUAUGAUUAUUACUGUGGCUAAAAAGGAACGAGCUACUUUUGAUGGUGCACAAAUUGGUAUCAAAUCUAUCAAGGUUAACCGAGUCGUCUCUGAAAACAAACAAGUUGCUACUUUGGUUUCUGAAGAAUGGAUGAGAUGGGGAUUCACUACUCCUGUUUAUCGUACCGUUACUACAACCACUUCAAGUACUUCUACAGUCGCUGCUGCCGCUGCUGCUACCGCUGUUGGUGCUGCUGCUGCUAUUGAAGGUGAAUUGGAAAGUGUUGAAGAUCAUCAACUCGCUGUCCAAGAAGAUGACGAAUCUGCUGGUGAAUCCGAUUCUGAAGCUGAUACUACUGAUGAUGACUCUGAAAAUGAAUCAGAAGAAGAAAUUUUAGAAGCUGAAGAUGAUGAUGAUGAAGGGUCUUUGGCUGAAGCUUCCGAUUCUGGUCUCUCUACUGCUAGUGGAACGAGUCAAUCCAAACGUCGCUCUCGUCGUGUGGGCAAGAAGGAUUCUUUCAUUCUCGCUGAAGGUUAUGUCCCUACUGGAUAUGAAAAGAUCGUACGAUUCAAAACUCAUCAAGCCAGUACGUUCCCCGAAACCGGUUAUUUCUUCAUUAAGAGUGAUCUCCAUGGUUAUGUUUUGGAUGUUUUGGGUGAUACAAUUCAAGAAAAUGCUCGGGUUGUUCUUACUCGUAUGCGCUCUACCAACUUUGCUAGCCAGCUUUGGUCCUUCCGGGACGGAUUCCUUGUGAAUUUAAAGGGUGAUUCCUUUGUUCUGGAUGCUUCCUCAGCUUUGGUUACCACUGCAGGUGAACGUGUGCAUUUGUCCAAGCAAAAAUCCUCCGCCGACGUAGCUGAUGAUCAACAAUGGGCAUGGGGUUUGGAAGGUUUAGUAUAUCUCAAGGCUCGCCGCUCUUAUGUACUCUCAGUCAAGGAAUUGGAACGAUCUGACAAAUAUGAAUCCAUUGACGUAUUUUUGCUCGAAGAAAAGACCCAUGUCAAGUCCAAAUAUCCUCGCUCUGAACAACGAUGGGAAAUCAUCAUCCCCAGUAUGAUUCCUGUGCCUUCUUCUGAUUCUCAUGGUUCCAAGAUUGUUGUGCCUCCUACUCAAUCUUCUUCCACCGUUACGGAUUCUACUUCAAGUGCUACUGUCAUUGCUGGUACCGUUGCUGCUGCUGCUGCUUCUGCUGCUAUUGCUGCAUUGUCCUUCAAAUGGUUCCACAAGUUACAUCGUACUACCACUACCACCUCCCAAUGGUCUGAAAAAUGGUUCAUGAUUAGUUAUGGUAGUGAUAAUUUGUUCUUGGCCGCUGGUACUGAAAAAGAUCAUGGUGUGGGCAUUCAUCAACUUGGUGAACACGAUGAUCACAAGCGUUUCCUUUGGACUUUUGUUGAUGGUUAUUUGAUCAACUACCGUUACCUCCUCCGUUUGGUUUUGUGUCAAAAAACUCAACGAUGGAUUCUCGUAGACACCACCCAAGAAACUGAUCAAACCUUUGCUAUUGAUUCCAAUGGCAUCAUCACAUUACGUAUCCGUACUAUUAUUUACUAUCUUCGUUUCACACGCUCUUCUUCUGGUGCUCAUCUUUUGGAAACUACUCAAGAUGCCUCUCAAGCUUCUCAACAUUGGGAAUUGUAUACUCCUGAAUUGUCUGACGAAACAUCUGCUGCUGAAGCUGUUCAAGCACGUACCAAGGCUAUUACUUGGAUUCAAGAACAACGUCGUAUCACCACUACCACUUGGACAAUCACUCGUCGUCGUGCUUUCUUCCCUACUGCUCCUUGGUUCUUCAUCAAGAUCAAUGCUGGUGGCGAAGAGUUUGUUUUGGCUGAAGAUCAAAAGUCCUCUUCCCUGAUCAUCAAGAAGAUUUCCUUCUCGCACUUUAAACAUCAAUUAUGGACCUUCCGUGAUAAUCGUCUGAUCAACUAUGGAUCUUCUCGUGCUAUUGAUUCGUCUUUGAUUAUGGUCACUGACACUGAAGGUUACAAAUGGAACUUGAACGUUGAUGGACAUAUUCAUACUGAAGAAAUCUCUGAAGAUCUCUUUGCUUUGGGUUUUGCUGGUACUCAAGUCCAACACGACACUGCUGUUCUCCUUGUUUCCACCAAGAAACAACAAUCUGAAUUCACUUUAGUCCGAUGGAGUUUCUCUACACCAGUGUUUGGCAAGCGUGCUGCACACAACGAUACUACUACCAAGGAAGAAACACAUGCUAGUAUUACCGCUUCCAUUGAAAAGGGCGCCACCAUCGAUGCUGUUGAAACUGUCAAGGCAACUCCAAUCGCUACUACUACAACUGAAGAUCACACCUCUACAGUUACCCAGGAACACCAUACUUCAUCCAGUAACGUCGUUAUUACCGUUGAAGAAUUUAAGGUGAUCGUGUACCAAUGGUUCCUCCGUUUCAACCGUCGUGUAUCUGCUCGUUUGGAACAAGGCGGCGAUGAUACCAAGGCUGAUGUCGAACGUAUUACCAAGGAAUCUCGUGAAGAAUUUGCUGUGCUUAUUAAGGACACAAAAGACAAGGCUCACAAGGAAUACAACUCUACAAGUGAACAUGCUGUCUCCGAAUUCGAAGUGGCUAUCCAAAAGGUCGAAGGAUCUGUCUCUGAGCAAAUCAAUCAAGUCGAAACCAUUGUCAAAACAAGCAAGACUACUGAAGUAGACUCCAUCAAGGAAAAACUUGCUCAAGUGGCUGAAAAAACCAAAUCAACCAUCAACACUCAUUUUGACCAUUCCGUCUCCACUAUUGAAGGUCAUGUCGAAAAGGCCAAGACUGAUCGUCUCCAUGAAGCUGCCGUCGUUGCCACUGGUGUCACUGCUGUAGGUGGUGCUCUUGCCAUUGCUCAUGAUCAUCAAGACAAACAGCAAACUGCCACUGUUGAAUCGUCUCAUAAGGAAACCGUCACUAUUGUUACAGUCGAACACGUCCGUGAAACUGUUCGUGCAUGGUGGUUGAAGUUGACUGGUUCUAUUGCUGCUCGUGCUCAACAAGAAGGUGCUUCUGCUGAAGAAAUUCAAGUCAUCAUCACUAAAGAAAAGGAAACUAUCUUUGGUCAAUUGGAUCAAGCAGUCAAGAAUACUUCUGACAAGAAGGUUGCUCAAGAACUGGCUAUUGCUGUCGAAAAAUCCAAGACUUUGAUUACUGAACAAACUGUUGAAGCUCAUGCUGUUGGUGUGCAAGUCAUCAAGUCUUCUGACAAGAAGUCUGCUGCUGAAAAACUCCAUUCUUUAACCAAGGUGACUGAAGAAAAACUCCAAGUAACUAUCACUCAAGAAAAGGUGACUGGUGUGAUCCAAGGUGAAGCUGGCAAGACUGUUGAACACCAUGAUCAAGAAAAGAAGAAGGAAGAUCAUCACCACACUUCUGCUAUUAUUGGUGGUGCACUUGCUGUUGGAGCAGUUGUUGCUGGAGCAGCUGGUAUUGAAGCCGCUAUUGAACACAAGCACAAGGAAGAAGAAAAGCACAAGCAAGAGGAAAUCAAGAAGGCUGAAGAAAAGCACAAGCAAGAAGAAGUCAAGAAGUCUGAAGGCCAAAGUCAAGUUGGAGUUGUUGCUGGAUCUAUUGCUGGAGCUACAGUUGUGAUUGAAGAAGUCAAGGUGACUGUGUUUGGUUGGUACAAAUCUUUGAAUGAUCGCAUUGCUGCUCGUUUGGCUCAAGGUGGUGAUAAUGCCAAGACUGACGUUGAACGCAUUACCAAGGAAGCUCGCGAAGAAUUGAAUGUGAUCAUCAAGGAAUCCAAGGACAAGGCCAACAAAGGAUGGGGUGCCAAUGAAAAAGCCAACGCAGAACUCGAAGUUGCUCUUCAAAAGGUACAAGGUUCUGUCUUGGAACAGGUGACUGAAGUUGAAACUAUUGUCAAGACUACCACUGAUGUUGAAGUGAUCAAGAACAAACUCAACACUGCUACCGACAAGACCAAGGCCAAGAUUGACGUCCAUCUCGAUGAAUCUACUCAAGUUAUUCACGAACAUGUUGAAAAAUCUAAGUCUCACGCCGGUGCUAUUGCAGCUGGAGCCAUUGCUGGAACUGUUGCUGCUGGUGCAGUCAUUGAAAGUGUCAAGGGUACUGUGUUUGGUUGGUACAAGUCUUUGAACGAUCGUAUUGCUGCUCGUUUGGAACAAGGUGGUGAUAAUGCCAAGGCUGAUGUUGAGCGUAUUACCAAAGAAGCUCGUGAAGAAUUGAAUGUGAUCAUCAAAGAAUCCAAGGACAAGGCUAACAAAGGAUGGGGUGCCAACGAAAAAGCCAAUGCUGAACUAGAAGUUGCUCUUCAAAAGGUUCAAGGUUCUGUUCUGGAACAAGUGACUGAAGUUGAAACUAUUGUCAAGACUACUACUGAUGUUGACGUAAUCAAGAACAAACUCAACACUGCCAAUGACAAGACCAAGGCCAAGAUUGACGUUCAUCUCGAUGAAUCUACUCAAGUUAUUCACGAACAUGUUGAAAAAUCCAAGUCUCAUACUGGUGCUAUUGCUGGUACCAUUGCUGCUGGUGUUGCCGUAGCUGGUGGAAUCUUUGCUAAGAAACAUCAUGACCACAAGGAAGCUGAAAAGAAGGAAUCUGCUCAACACGAUCACCAUGCGGCUGACGUUGUCGUUGUCGAUCAAGGAAAGUCUCAUGGCGAAGUCUCCAAGGUCACUAAAGAAGUCGUUGUAGUGGAUUACGUUAAGGUAUCUAUCACUUCAUGGUUUGACCGUCUUAUUGAACAAGUCUCUGCUCGUGCCAAACAAGGUGGAAAGGACGCACAAAAGGACAUUGAAGCCAUCACUGCCAAGGCUACUACUGAAAUCACCUUGUUAUUGGAUGAAACCACUAAGAAGACUGGAUCACACACAAGUGGACAACAAUUUGCCUCUACACUUGCAUGGGCUAAGGGAUUGAUCACUCAACAAUCUACUCAAAUUCAAGCUAUUGGUAUUCAAGCUGUUGCUGCUAAAGAUUCUACGGGUGGUGUUUCUACAAUGAAGGCUCAAGCUAAGGCUACUGAAGAACAACUCCAUGUUACUCUCAAUCAAUGCGACAAGAAGGUGACCACUACUGUUACGGUUACUGAGACUGUUACUGAAGGCCUAGUUGUCAAGGGUGAAACGAAGCAACCUACGGUUGAAGAAGUCAAGAAAGUCGAAAGUCAUGUUGAAUCUGACAAGAAGAAGGAACAUGUGGCUGCUGGUGUGGUUGCUGGUGUUGCUGGUGCCAUUGCUUUGAAAGAACAUGAACACAAGGCCAAGACUGAAACUGGAACUGUUGUCUCUCAUGAUGAAUCUCAAGCUGUGAUCACUAUUGUUACUGUUGAACAAGUCCGUGAAACUGUACGCACAUGGUGGUUGAAGUUGGCUAGUUCUAUUGCUGCUCGUGCUCAACAAGAAGGUGCUUCUGCUGAAGAAAUUCAAGUCAUCAUCACUAAAGAAAAGGAAACUAUCUUUGGUCAAUUGGAUCAAGCAGUCAAGAAUACUUCUGACAAGAAGGUUGCUCAAGAACUGGCUAUUGCUGUUGAAAAAUCCAAGACUUUGAUUACUGAACAAACUGUUGAAGCUCAUGCUGUUGGUGUGCAAGUUAUCAAGUCGUCCGAUAAGAAGUCUGCUGCUGAAAAACUCCAUUCUCUAACCAAGGUGACUGAAGAAAAACUCCAAGUAACCAUUACCCAAGAAAAGGUGACUGGUGUGAUCCAAGGUGAAGCUGGCAAGACUGUUGAACACCAUGAUCAAGAAAAGAAGAAGGAAGAUCAUCAUCACACUUCUGCUAUUAUUGGUGGUGCACUUGCUGUUGGAGCAGUUGUUGCUGGAGCAGCUGGUAUUGAAGCCGCCAUUGAACACAAGCACAAGGAAGAGGAAAAGCACAAGCAAGAAGAAAUCAAGAAGGCUGAAGAAAAGCACAAGCAAGAAGAAGUCAAGAAGUCUGAAGGUCAAAGUCAAGUUGGAGUUGUUGCUGGAUCUAUUGCUGGAGCCACAGUUGUGAUUGAAGAAGUCAAGGUGACUGUGUUUGGUUGGUACAAAUCUUUGAAUGAUCGUAUUGCUGCUCGUUUGGCUCAAGGUGGUGAUAAUGCCAAGGCUGAUGUCGAACGUAUUACCAAGGAAGCUCGUGAAGAAUUGAAUGUAAUCAUCAAAGAAUCCAAGGACAAGGCCAACAAAGGAUGGGGUGCCAACGAAAAAGCCAAUGCUGAACUAGAAGUUGCUCUUCAAAAGGUACAAGGUUCUGUGUUGGAACAAGUGACUGAAGUUGAAACUAUUGUCAAGACUACCACUGAUGUUGAAGUGAUCAAGAACAAACUCAACACUGCCAAUGACAAGACCAAGGCCAAGAUUGAUGUUCAUCUCGAUGAAUCAACCCAAGUGAUCCAUGAUCAUGUUGAAAAGUCCAAGUCUCAUGCUGGUGCCAUUGCUGCUGGAGCCGUUGCUGGAACUAUUGCUGCUGGUGCAGUCAUUGAAAAUGUCAAGGGUACUGUGUUUGGAUGGUACAAAUCUUUGAACGACCGUAUUGCUGCUCGUUUGGAACAAGGUGAUGAUAAUGCCAAGGCUGAUGUUGAACGUAUUACCAAGGAAGCUCGCGAAGAAUUGAAUGUGAUCAUCAAAGAAUCCAAGGACAAGGCUAACAAAGGAUGGGGUGCCAACGAAAAAGCCAAUGCUGAACUAGAAGUUGCUCUUCAAAAGGUUCAAGGUUCUGUUCUGGAACAAGUGACUGAAGUUGAAACUAUUGUCAAGACUACUACUGAUGUUGACGUAAUCAAGAACAAACUCAACACUGCCAAUGACAAGACCAAGGCCAAGAUUGACGUUCAUCUCGAUGAAUCUACUCAAGUUAUUCACGAACAUGUUGAAAAAUCCAAGUCUCAUACUGGUGCUAUUGCUGGUACCAUUGCUGCUGGUGUUGCCGUAGCUGGUGGAAUCUUUGCUAAGAAACAUCAUGACCACAAGGAAGCUGAAAAGAAGGAAUCUGCUCAACACGAUCACCAUGCGGCUGACGUUGUCGUUGUCGAUCAAGGAAAGUCUCAUGGCGAAGUCUCCAAGGUCACUAAAGAAGUCGUUGUAGUGGAUUACGUUAAGGUAUCUAUCACUUCAUGGUUUGACCGUCUUAUUGAACAAGUCUCUGCUCGUGCCAAACAAGGUGGAAAGGACGCACAAAAGGACAUUGAAGCCAUCACUGCCAAGGCUACUGCUGAAAUCACUUUGUUAUUGGAUGAAACCACUAAGAAGACUGGAUCACAUACAAGUGGACAACAAUUUGCCUCUACACUUGCAUGGGCUAAGGGAUUGAUCACUCAACAAUCUACUCAAAUUCAAGCUAUUGGUAUUCAAGCUGUCGCUGCUAAAGAUUCUACGGGUGGUGUUUCUACAAUGAAGGCUCAAGCUAAGGCAACUGAAGAACAACUCCAUGUGACUCUCAAUCAAUGCGACAAGAAGGUGACCACUACUGUUACGGUUACUGAGACUGUUACUGAAGGCCUCGUUGUCAAGGGAGAAACGAAGCAGCCUACGGUUGAAGAAGUCAAGAAAGUAGAAAGUCAUGUUGAAUCUGACAAGAAGAAGGAACAUUUGGCUGCUGGUGUGGUUGCUGGUGUUGCUGGUGCCAUUGCUUUAAAGGAACAUGAACACAAGGCCAAGACUGAAACUGGAGCUGUUGUCUCUCAUAAUGAAUCUCAAACUGUGAUCACUAUUGUUACUGUUGAACAAGUCCGUGAAACUGUUCGUGCAUGGUGGUUGAAGUUGGCUAGUUCUAUUGCUGCUCGCGCUCAACAAGAAGGUGCUUCUGCUGAAGAAAUUCAAGUCAUGAUCACUAAAGAAAAGGAAACUAUCUUUGGUCAGUUGGAUCAAGCAGUCAAGAAUACUUCUGACAAGAAGGUUGCUCAAGAACUGGCUAUUGCUGUUGAAAAAUCCAAGACUUUGAUUACUGAACAAACUGUUGAAGCUCAUGCUGUUGGUGUGCAAGUUAUCAAGUCGUCCGAUAAGAAGUCUGCUGCUGAAAAACUCCAUUCUUUAACCAAGGUGACUGAAGAAAAACUCCAAGUAACUAUCACUCAAGAAAAGGUGGCUGGUGUGAUCCAAGGUGAAGCUGGCAAGACUGUUGAACACCAUGAUCAAGAAAAGAAGAAGGAAGAUCAUCACCACACUUCUGCUAUUAUUGGUGGUGCACUUGCUGUUGGAGCAGUUGUUGCUGGAGCAGCUGGUAUUGAAGCCGCUAUUGAACACAAGCACAAGGAAGAAGAAAAGCACAAGCAAGAGGAAAUCAAGAAGGCUGAAGAAAAGCACAAGCAAGAAGAAGUCAAGAAGUCUGAAGGCCAAAGUCAAGUUGGAGUUGUUGCUGGAUCUAUUGCUGGAGCUACAGUUGUGAUUGAAGAAGUCAAGGUGACUGUGUUUGGUUGGUACAAAUCUUUGAAUGAUCGUAUUGCUGCUCGUUUGGCUCAAGGUGGUGAUAAUGCCAAGGCUGAUGUCGAACGUAUUACCAAGGAAGCUCGUGAAGAAUUGAAUGUAAUCAUCAAAGAAUCCAGGGACAAGGCCAACAAAGGAUGGGGUGCCAACGAAAAAGCCAAUGCUGAACUAGAAGUUGCUCUUCAAAAGGUACAAGGUUCUGUGUUGGAACAAGUGACUGAAGUUGAAACCAUUGUCAAGACUACCACUGAUGUUGAAGUGAUCAAGAACAAACUCAACACUGCCACCGACAAGACCAAGACCAAGAUUGACGUCCAUCUCGAUGAAUCAACCCAAGUUAUCCAUGAUCAUGUUGAAAAAUCCAAGUCUCAUGCUGGUGCCAUUGCUGCUGGAGCCGUUGCUGCUGGUGCAGUCAUUGAAAAUGUCAAGGGUACUGUGUUUGGAUGGUACAAGUCUUUGAAUGACCGCGUUGCUGCUCGUUUGGAACAAGGUGGUGAUAAUGCCAAGGCUGAUGUUGAACGUAUUACCAAAGAAGCUCGUGAAGAAUUGAAUGUGAUCAUCAAGGAAUCCAAGGAUAAGGCCAACAAAGGAUGGGGUGCUAACGAAAAAGCCAAUGCUGAACUAGAAGUUGCUCUUCAAAAGGUACAAGGUUCUGUUUUGGAACAAGUGACUGAAGUGGAAACUAUCGUCAAGACUACCACUGAUGUUGAAGUGAUCAAGAAUAAGCUCAACACUGCCACCGACAAGACCAAGAGCAAGAUUGAUGUUCAUCUCGAUGAAUCUACUCAAGUUAUUCACGAACAUGUUGAAAAAUCCAAGUCUCAUACUGGUGCUAUUGCUGGUACCAUUGCUGCUGGUGUUGCCGUAGCUGGUGGAAUCUUUGCUGCUAAGAAACAUCAUGACCACAAGGAAGCUGAAAAGAAGGAAUCUGCUCAACACGAUCACCAUGCGGCUGGCGUUGUCGUUGUCGAUCAAGGAAAGUCUCAUGGCGAAGUCUCCAAGGUCACUAAAGAAGUCGUUGUAGUGGAUUACGUUAAGGUAUCUAUCACUUCAUGGUUUGACCGUCUUAUUGAACAAGUCUCUGCUCGUGCCAAACAAGGUGGAAAGGACGCACAAAAGGACAUUGAAGCCAUCACUGCCAAGGCUACUACUGAAAUCACCUUGUUAUUGGAUGAAACCACUAAGAAGACUGGAUCACACACAAGUGGACAACAAUUUGCCUCUACACUUGCAUGGGCUAAGGGAUUGAUCACUCAGCAAUCUACUCAAAUUCAAGCUAUUGGUAUUCAAGCUGUCGCUGCUAAAGAUUCUACGGGUGGUGUUUCCACAAUGAAGGCUCAAGCUAAGGCUACUGAAGAACAACUCCACGUGACUCUCAAUCAAUGCGACAAAAAGGUGACAACUACUGUUACGGUUACUGAGACUGUUACUGAAGGCCUAGUUGUCAAGGGAGAAACGAAGCAACCUACGGUUGAAGAGGUCAAGAAAGUAGAAAGUCAUGUUGAAUCUGACAAGAAGAAAGAACAUGUGGCUGGAGCUGUUAUCUCUCAUGAUCAAUCUCAAACUGUGAUCACUAUUGUUACUGUUGAACAAGUCCGUGAAACUGUUCGUGCAUGGUGGUUGAAGUUGACUGGUUCUAUUGCUGCUCGCGCUCAACAAGAAGGUGCUUCUGCUGAAGAAAUCCAAGUCAUGAUCACUAAAGAAAAGGAAACUAUCUUUGGUCAAUUGGAUCAAGCAGUCAAGAACACGUCUGACAAGAAGGUUGCUCAAGAACUUGCCAUUGCUGUUGAAAAAUCCAAGACUUUGAUUACUGAACAAACUGUUGAAGCUCAUGCUGUUGGUGUGCAAGUCAUCAAGUCUUCUGACAAGAAGUCUGCUGCUGAGAAACUCCAUUCUUUAACCAAGGUGACUGAAGAAAAACUCCAAGUAACUAUCACUCAAGAAAAGGUGACUGGUGUGAUCCAAGGUGAAGCUGGCAAGACUGUUGAACACCAUGAUCAAGAAAAGAAGAAGGAAGAUCAUCACCACACUUCUGCUAUUAUUGGUGGUGCACUUGCUGUUGGAGCAGUUGUUGCUGGAGCAGCUGGUAUUGAAGCCGCUAUUGAACACAAGCACAAGGAAGAAGAAAAGCACAAGCAAGAGGAAAUCAAGAAGGCUGAAGAAAAGCACAAGCAAGAAGAAGUCAAGAAGUCUGAAGGCCAAAGUCAAGUUGGAGUUGUUGCUGGAUCUAUUGCUGGAGCUACAGUUGUGAUUGAAGAAGUCAAGGUGACUGUGUUUGGUUGGUACAAAUCUUUGAAUGAUCGUAUUGCUGCUCGUUUGGCUCAAGGUGGUGAUAAUGCCAAGGCUGAUGUCGAACGUAUUACCAAGGAAGCUCGUGAAGAAUUGAAUGUAAUCAUCAAAGAAUCCAAGGACAAGGCCAACAAAGGAUGGGGUGCCAACGAAAAAGCCAAUGCUGAACUAGAAGUUGCUCUUCAAAAGGUACAAGGUUCUGUGUUGGAACAAGUGACUGAAGUUGAAACCAUUGUCAAGACUACCACUGAUGUUGAAGUGAUCAAGAACAAACUCAACACUGCCACCGACAAGACCAAGACCAAGAUUGACGUCCAUCUCGAUGAAUCAACCCAAGUUAUCCAUGAUCAUGUUGAAAAAUCCAAGUCUCAUGCUGGUGCCAUUGCUGCUGGAGCCGUUGCUGCUGGUGCAGUCAUUGAAAAUGUCAAGGGUACUGUGUUUGGAUGGUACAAGUCUUUGAAUGACCGCGUUGCUGCUCGUUUGGAACAAGGUGGUGAUAAUGCCAAGGCUGAUGUUGAACGUAUUACCAAGGAAGCUCGUGAAGAAUUGAAUGUGAUCAUCAAGGAAUCCAAGGAUAAGGCCAACAAAGGAUGGGGUGCCAACGAAAAAGCCAAUGCUGAACUAGAAGUUGCUCUUCAAAAGGUACAAGGUUCUGUUUUGGAACAAGUGACUGAAGUUGAAACUAUUGUCAAGACUACCACUGAUGUUGAAGUGAUCAAGAACAAACUCAACACUGCCAAUGACAAGACCAAGGCCAAGAUUGAUGUCCAUCUCGAUGAAUCUACUCAAGUGAUCCAUGAUCAUGUUGAAAAAUCCAAGUCUCAUGCUGGUGCCAUUGCCGCUGGAGCCGUUGCUGGAACUGUUGCUGCUGGUGCAGUCAUUGAAAAUGUCAAGGGUACUGUGUUUGGAUGGUACAAGUCUUUGAAUGACCGUGUUGCUGCUCGUUUGGAACAAGGUGGUGAUAAUGCCAAGGCUGAUGUUGAACGUAUUACCAAGGAAGCUCGCGAAGAAUUGAAUGUGAUCAUCAAGGAAUCCAAGGACAAGGCCAACAAAGGAUGGGGUGCUAACGAAAAAGCCAAUGCUGAACUAGAAGUUGCUCUUCAAAAGGUACAAGGUUCUGUUUUGGAACAAGUGACUGAAGUUGAAACCAUCGUCAAGACCACUACUGAUGUUGAUGUGAUCAAGAACAAACUCAACACUGCCACCGACAAGACCAAGAGCAAGAUUGAUGUCCAUCUCGAUGAAUCAACCCAGGUCAUCCAUGAUCAUGUUGAAAAAUCCAAGUCUCACGCUGGUGUUAUUGCUGGUACCAUUGCUGCUGGUGUUGCCGUAGCUGGUGGAAUCUUUGCUGCUAAGAAACAUCAUGACCACAAGGAAGCUGAAAAGAAGGAAUCUGCUCAACACGAUCACCAUGCGGCUGAUGUUGUCGUUGUCGAUCAAGGAAAGUCUCAUGGCGAAGUCUCCAAGGUCACUAAAGAAGUCGUUGUAGUGGAUUACGUUAAGGUAUCUAUCACUUCAUGGUUUGACCGUCUUAUUGAACAAGUCUCUGCUCGUGCCAAACAAGGUGGAAAGGACGCACAAAAGGACAUUGAAGCCAUCACUGCCAAGGCUACUACUGAAAUCACCUUGUUAUUGGAUGAAACCACUAAGAAGACUGGAUCACACACAAGUGGACAACAAUUUGCCUCUACACUUGCAUGGGCUAAGGGAUUGAUCACUCAACAAUCUACUCAAAUUCAAGCUAUUGGUAUUCAAGCUGUCGCUGCUAAAGAUUCUACGGGUGGUGUUUCUACAAUGAAGGCUCAAGCUAAGGCUACUGAAGAACAACUUCAUGUUACUCUCAAUCAAUGCGACAAGAAGGUGACCACUACUGUUACGGUUACUGAGACUGUUACUGAAGACCUAGUUGUAAAGGAUGAAACGAAGCAACCUACCGUUGAAGAAGUCAAGAAAGCCGAAAGUCAUGUUGAAUCUGACAAGAAGAAAGAACAUGUGGCUGCUGGUGUGAUUGCCGGUGUUGCUGGUGCCAUUGCUUUGAAAGAACAUGAACACAAGGCCAAGACUGAAACUGGAGCUGUUAUUUCUCAUGAUCAAUCUCAAGCUGUGGUUACCAUUGUUACUGUUGAACAAGUCCGUGAAACUGUUCGUGCAUGGUGGUUGAAGUUGACUGGUUCUAUUGCUGCUCGCGCUCAACAGGAAGGUGCUUCUGCUGAAGAAAUUCAAGUCAUGAUCACUAAAGAAAAGGAAACUAUAUUUGGUCAAUUGGAUCAAGCAGUCAAGAACACGUCUGACAAGAAGGUUGCUCAAGAACUUGCCAUUGCUGUUGAAAAAUCCAAGGCUUUGAUUACUGAACAAACUGUUGAAGCUCAUGCUGUUGGUGUGCAAGUCAUCAAGUCGUCCGAUAAGAAGUCUGCUGCUGAAAAACUCCAUUCUUUAACCAAGGUGACUGAAGAAAAACUCCAAGUAACUAUCACUCAAGAAAAGGUGACUGGUGUGAUCCAAGGUGAAGCUGGCAAGACUGUUGAACACCAUGAUCAAGAAAAGAAGAAGGAAGAUCAUCACCACACUUCUGCUAUUAUUGGUGGUGCACUUGCUGUUGGAGCAGUUGUUGCUGGAGCAGCUGGUAUUGAAGCCGCUAUUGAACACAAGCACAAGGAAGAAGAAAAGCACAAGCAAGAGGAAAUCAAGAAGGCUGAAGAAAAGCACAAGCAAGAAGAAGUCAAGAAGUCUGAAGGCCAAAGUCAAGUUGGAGUUGGAGUUGUUGCUGGAUCUAUUGCUGGAGCUACAGUUGUGAUUGAAGAAGUCAAGGUGACUGUGUUUGGUUGGUACAAAUCUUUGAAUGAUCGUAUUGCUGCUCGUUUGGCUCAAGGUGGUGACAAUGCCAAGGCUGAUGUUGAACGUAUCACUAAGGAAGCUCGUGAAGAAUUGAAUGUGAUUAUCAAAGAAUCCAAGGACAAGGCCAACAAAGGAUGGGGUGCCAAUGAAAAAGCCAAUGCUGAAUUAGAAGUUGCUCUUCAAAAGGUACAAGGUUCUGUGUUGGAGCAAGUGACUGAAGUUGAAACUAUUGUCAAGACUACCACUGAUGUUGAAGUGAUCAAGAACAAACUCAACACUGCCAAUGACAAGACCAAGGCCAAGAUUGAUGUUCAUCUCGAUGAAUCUACUCAAGUGAUCCAUGAUCAUGUUGAAAAAUCCAAGUCUCAUGCUGGUGCCAUUGCUGCUGGAGCCAUCGCUGGAACAGUUGCUGCUGGUGCAGUCAUUGAAAAUGUCAAGGGUACUGUGUUUGGAUGGUACAAGUCUUUGAAUGACCGCGUUGCUGCUCGUUUGGAACAAGGUGGUGAUAAUGCCAAGGCUGAUGUUGAACGUAUUACCAAGGAAGCUCGCGAAGAAUUGAAUGUGAUCAUCAAGGAAUCAAAGGACAAGGCUAACAAAGGAUGGGGUGCCAACGAAAAAGCCAAUGCUGAACUAGAAGUUGCUCUUCAAAAGGUACAAGGUUCUGUGUUGGAACAAGUGACUGAAGUUGAAUCUAUCGUCAAGACUACCACUGAUGUUGAAGUGAUCAAGAAUAAGCUCAACACUGCCACCGACAAGACCAAGAGCAAGAUUGAUGUCCAUCUCGAUGAAUCAACCCAGGUCAUCCAUGAUCAUGUUGAAAAAUCCAAGUCUCACGCUGGUGUUAUUGCUGGUACCAUUGCUGCUGGUGCUGCUGUAGUUGGUGGAAUUGUUGCUAAGAAGCAUCAUGACAAGAAGGAAGCUGAGCAUGAUAUUGAAGGUAGUGAAAUUGUGACAAUUAAGCCUGUGGUGAUUUCAAGUGACCAAGAAACUGUUACUGUGGUUGUAGAAGAAGCUCGCAAUGCUACGUCUGAAUGGUAUGCCCGUUUGGUCCUACGCAUCAAGGGAUAUUUGGCUCAAGGUGGUGCAGAUACCAAACAAAAUAUCGCAACUGCUGUGAAGGAAGCCGAAGAAGAAUGGAAGUUUGUGCUCGAAAAAUCAAGUCAAUCAGCCAACGUAUCUUUGGUGGACAUGGAAAAGGCUCUUUCUCCUGUACGAGUGUCAAUCAAUACUCAACUUGAAGAAAUCAAACAAUCGGUUGAUCGCUAUGAAGAUGGUAUUACCAAUGUGGAAGUUAGUAACAAAGUUUUGGCUAUCUGUGAUGGAGGAAAAGCUCAAGUUGAAAAUGCAUUUAUUCAAGUCUCUGAAAGCCUUUCAACAGCAAAAUCUGGUACAGUUGUUGCCGGAGCUGCUAUUGCCAAGUCAGCACAAGAUGCCAGUAUGACAAUGCAAAGCUGGUUUGGACGUCUUGUAGACAAAUUGAACUCCCUCAUUGAAGUUGAAGAUUGCAACAAUGUGGAAUCUGGUGCCAAUGUCAUCAUUGCUGAUGCUCAAACUGAAAUUGAUCUCAAGAUUGAAGAAAUCAAGAAGACUACCAAGGCCUCACCUGAAGAAUUGGAUGUUUUACUGGCCAAUUUACGAAAGACUGCUGCUGCCCAAAUCCAAACUGUCAAAACAACUGUCACUGAAACUACCACUGAGAACAAGCAAUCUCAACAAGCUGCUCUAAUUGCUAGUGUGAACGAUUUCAACAAGACAGUUGUUGCCCAUACUGAAACUGCUAUUGUUGAAGUUGAAAAGAACAAGAAGCCUCAUCAUCAUUUGUCUAAUACAGGAAAGGUUGUGCUUGGAGCUGCUGCUGCUGUUGCCGGUAUUGGAGCUGCUGCCGCUUUGGAACAUCAUCAUGAAAAGAAACAGAAGGAAAUCAAGGCUCAACAGGUUCAAGUAGUGGAAGUCAUUGAAGAAUCCAAGGUGAACGAUUUCAAGACGAUCAUCAACGUGUGGUUUGCUGCUUUGAUUCAAAAAUCUGUGGAACGCGCUCAACAAGGUGGUGAAAAUGUAUCUUCUGAUAUUGAUGUGAUUAUCAAGAAGGCUUAUCAGGAUCUGGAAACACAAGUGACUAAGUUCAAAUCACCCCAGUCUAUUGAAACUAAGUCCAAGGAAUCAUCUUCAUUUGCCUAUUCCUUGGAUUGGAUUUUAUCAUUCUCAAGAACUCAAACAAGCCAAGUUCGUGCCAUUAUAUUGCAACAUUCAUCUUCAAGCAAGAACAAGGUGGACAUCAAGACUCAAUUAGACAAUCUUCUUUUGGUAUCUGAACAACAAGUUGAUGCAACUUUGGCUCUCCAUACAAACAAACAACAACAAGUUGUAUCUGUCAUUGAAACCAAGGAACAAGUACAAGAACGUACUACCAAGACCUUGACUGUGGCUGUUGAAGAAAACAAGGUUCAAAUCUCUGGUUGGCUCGAUGGUUUACUUUCCAAGGUUCGUGUUAUCCUCGCUCGUGGUGAUGCCUCUGCUCAAAAAGAUAUUCAAGCCAUUAUUGAAUCUGCCCAACAAGAAAGCAUCACGAUUAUUCAACAAGCUAAGCGUCAAGUUGCCAUCAAGACAACCAGUGCUGAUUCUCGCCAAGCUGAUGCCCAAGCUGUGACUCUUGCUCUCAACGCCCAAAAGCAUGCUCUCGAUAGUUUUGAUAGUGUGGGUGCACUCAUCACUGCCCAAUUGUCAUUGAUUAUUUCUUUGACCAAGGAAACUCAUGAUUUGCAAGUAUUGGAUGAACGUCUCUCGUGGAUUUUGACUCGUGCUCGACAACACUCGGAAAAGACACUCCAACAUACAACUGAAUCUGCUGUGGCCAUUGCAUUUGAAGGCAAGACAGUUGCCUGGGUGGAAACUGCUGAAGUACCUGAUUCAUUUGCAUCUGUCAAAAUCUUUGCAUUUGACCUCUUGGAUACCAUUGUGGAUUAUCGUGGAUCUCUUUUGACUGCUUGGACCAAAUUGGCGGAAAAGAAACAAGGACGAACUGCUACUUUGAACGGUCGUGAAUUGAUUGAUCUCUGGUACAAGGAAUUCAUCAUUGAGAAACAAAAAGCUCAUUCAUCCAGCACCGAUAGUGAACUCGUCCGUUUGGUGCUUGUGCGUAUUUUGAAAGAAAAAUCAGUGGAAAGCCUCUUUAGCCAUGAAGAAUUACAAGAAUUGUGCUCUGUUUGGGAACGAUUGGAUGUAUUUGGUGAUUCUGUGUCCAGUGUACGUCAACUCAAGAAGAAUGAUAUGUAUGCUGUUGCUUUGUCAUCAACUUUGUCAACUCGGUCGAUGAUGUCUCUUGCUCGCCAUGGUUGUCUCUGCUGGCACGCUCAACUCUCUGCCGAUUUUGCUGGUAAAUCAUCCGUCAUUGAAAAUGCUUCUCAGCUUUUGGCUUUGGACAAUGCAAAUGAACUGGCCGUCGUUUCUUCCAAUCUCGCUACUUUGGAAGCUGCCAAGAAACAAGGCAUGCACACUGUUUUGAUUAGUCGUGAAGAAGACCAAAUCAAUAGCUCGUUUGAUCUUACCUUUGAUGGACUGGACGUGUUAGCUGAAAGUUUCCAAACUUUUGUUGAUCAUCAAACUGCCGAAAAACAAGUCAAGACUUCCCGUGGAUGGUUCCAACGUGUGGUUGAUACUGCCUCUAGUUUACUUUGA